AUGGCGCUGCGGGCGCGGGCGCUAUACGACUUCAGGUCGGAGAACCCGGGUGAGAUCUCGCUGCGGGAGCAUGAGGUGCUGAGCCUGUGCAGCGAGCAGGACAUCGAGGGGUGGCUAGAGGGCAUCAACAGCCGCGGGGACCGCGGGCUCUUCCCGGCUUCUUACGUGCAGGUGAUCCGCGCCCCCGCCGCCGAGCCGCCGCCGCCCGCCCGCUACGCAAACGUCCCCGUCGGCGGAUUCGAGCCGCUGCCGCCCCCCGCCGCCUUCAGACCGGCGGCGCAGCCGCCUCCGCCUCCGGCCGAGCCCUUCCCGCCGCCCCCCGCCGGGUAUCCCUUCCCGCCCUACGGCGGCUCCUACCAGCCCAGCCAGGGCAGCGAUGACGACUGGGACGACGACUGGGACGACAGCUCCACGGUGGCCGACGAGCCGGGCGCCCUGGGCAGCUCCUAUCCCGACUACGAGGCGGCGGGCGGCGGCGCCCCGGGUCGGUACCGCCUGUCCACCCGCUCCGAGCCGUCCCUGGGGCCCCGCGGCGCGGGACACCCACCGGGACACCCGCACCCGGCCGGCGGCAGUGGCGCCGCCAAGAGUUCGGCCACUGUGAGCCGCAAUCUCAAUCGCUUCUCCACCUUCGUCAAGUCCGGUGGAGAGGCCUUCGUGCUAGGCGAGGCGUCGGGCUUCGUGAAGGACGGGGACAAGCUGUGCGUGGUGCUGGGCUCCAGGGGCCCCGAGUGGCAAGAGAACCCGUACCCCUUCCAGUGCUCCAUCGAGGACCCCACCAAACAGACCAAAUUCAAGGGCAUGAAGAGUUACAUUGCCUACAAGCUGGUGCCCAGCCAUACUGGGCAGCAGGUGCACCGCCGCUACAAGCACUUUGACUGGCUCUAUGGGCGCCUGGCUGAGAAGUUUCCUGUCAUCUCCGUGCCCCACUUGCCAGAGAAGCAAGCCACUGGCCGCUUUGAGGAGGACUUCAUCUCCAAACGUCGCAAAGGCUUGGCCUGGUGGAUGGACCACAUGUGCAGCCACCCCGUGCUGGCUCAGUGUGAUGCCUUCCAGCACUUCCUCACCUGUCCCAGCACGGAUGAGAAGGCCUGGAAACAGGGCAAGCGCAAGGCUGAGAAGGAUGAGAUGGUGGGUGCAAACUUUUUUCUGACCAUCAGUGUCCCCACAGGCCCUGGGGCCAGCCUAGACUUGCAGGAGGUGGAAAGCCAGGUGGAUGGCUUCAAAGCCUUCACCAAGAAGAUGGAUGAGAGUGCCCUGCAACUUAAUCACACAGCCAACGAGUUUGCCCGCAAACAAGUUACUGGUUUCAAGAAGGAAUACCAGAAGGUGGGGCACUCCUUCAAGUGCCUCAGUCAGGCAUUUGAGCUGGACCAGCAGGCCUUUUCAGCUGGCCUCAACCAAGCCAUAGCUUUCACUGCAGAAGCCUAUGAUGCCAUCGGGGACCUCUUUGCAGAUCAGCCUCGUCAGGACCUAGAUCCUGUGAUGGAUUUGUUAGCGCUGUAUCAGGGGCACUUGGCCAACUUUCCAGACAUCAUCCAUGUGCAGAAAGGAGCCCUUACCAAAGUAAAGGAGAGUAAGCGGCACGUGGAAGAGGGGAAGAUGGAGCUCCAAAAAGCUGAGGGCAUUCAAGAACGUUGUAACAUUAUUUCUUUUGCAACCCUUGCAGAAAUUAAUCAUUUCCACAAAAUUCGUGUGAGGGACUUUAAAUCACAGAUGCAGCAUUUCUUGCAACAGCAAAUACUCUUUUUUCAAAAAGUGACACAAAAGCUAGAAGAAGCUCUUCACAAGUAUGACAGUGUUUAGUCUCUGAUUUGUGGACUUUACUCAGCAUGAAUGUUACCGAGGUGGCAGAGCAAAUGCUGCUGAAGAGCUGUUGCCAGUGGUAGAUGGCGGUACAAGGAUGGGUUUGUGUUCACCUGGAACCCGGGUUUAAUCUCCGAAUAUGUAGAAAGGAAACAGUUAUAGGGCUAUGUAGUAGAAACAGUACCAUGCAUUGUAACUAAGUUAUACUGUGUAUGCCUACACCAUUGUAACUUUUUUGAGAUAAUGAGUAUACUAUUUGCCUUAUUGCUUUUUGAAAUACGGUAUCUUAGUGCAUACUUCAUAGACCUCAAAGCCCUUUGGGUAUUUAAAGAAGUUGGGUAGAUAAAAGCCUGCUUCGAUGCCUUUUUACUUUCCUAGAUUUGGAUUUCCUAAACUCAAACAAUUCUGUUUACAGACUCCUACUAGAGCAGCUAUGUGAUUCUGUGCCUUUAGACUCUAUUUUUCUUUUUCUAGUAUGUCACAUUUUUAUGAUUAAAUGAAUGAAGGGUUAAUGCCUAUGAUGGGAACUGAUGAUGAAACCUCACAUUGACUGGAAAAAAAUCAGCUGCCAUCCAGUUUGCAUAGCAAGUACUUUCUUAUGACAAAUGUUGGCUCAAAAGGGAAAAGUUAAAUUUAUUCACACUUUCCCUGUAAAUGGAGACUAUGUGUUAUAUGUACUAGGAUGUUAAACACAUGUACAAAAAAUCACCACUUAAUUCCCUUUCUGAAAUAAAUAAUACAGUGAGGGGUGGUUUUUGGGAUUUUUUUUGUAUACAGCAUUACUGUAAGUGGAAAUUUGAAGAGCUAGUCUAAUAAAAAUUGCGUAUAUCAAGGGGAUAUUAAUGCAA